AUGUCGCAAGUGCAAAAAACUACCCUUAAAAGGCGUUUGAGUGAGUUACAAGAACAACGUUCUCAUGAACAUGAAUCGCCUGAAAAAGUGGUAGUGAAAUCCCAGCCAGGUCAAUCCAAGUGUGAGGCUUUCCCAGCCACCAACACUUGUACAAGACCUCAGGCUGAAAAGAACAUUCAACCUCAGAAUGUUAACACAGGCAACGAAGAAACGCAACAAAACAAAGUUGCUACGCCUGAAAAUGAUAUCAAACAAAGAAGAAUUAUCAGAGCCUGUAGAGCCUCAGAAUCGAGAAAACGCAUGUUUUUUCGGAGGUUCUCUCAAGAGGACAUCAUAGGCGAGGGUGCUUUUGGUAAGGUGUAUGCUGGAAUUAGGAAAAAGGACGGGCUUCCUGUCGCUAUUAAGUACAUUCCACUCAAGAAAGCGAAACUAAUCCAGGAUGGACCGAUCCGACGUGUUCCAGCCGAGGUUUACUUCCAACGACAAGUGAACCACCCCAACACCAUUAAGUUCCUUGAGCACCAUUACUUUGACCAUCACUUCGUGGUUAUUACAGAGAGACCAAACAAAUGCGUCGACUUGUUCGACUUCCUCAACGCCUUCGGUGAAGUUUUGUCCGAGGAUGAAGCGAGACCCAUAUUCCGCGAGGUGUUGGAGGCGGUCAUGCAUCUUGACGAGCGAGGCAUUUUGCAUAACGACAUUAAGUCUGAAAAUAUCCUGAUGGAUAUCACUGACGGUGGGAGAGUCAAGUUGAUUGACUUUGGUCUUGCGACUCACGUCAGUGAAGAACCAAUCAAAAGUUUCUCGGGGACUCCACACUUUUGUCCCCCAGAAUUCCACACCGAUGGUCAAUACGACGGUCGCAAGGCAACCAUUUGGUCCCUUGGUUGCUUCUUGUAUGACCUGCUGAUGGGUGCAACCCCUUUUAACAAUGCUGAACAGGCAGCCACAAAGUCUGCACGCCUAUCACAGCAUUUCUCAGAAGAUCUCUUUGAGUUUAUUGGUAUGAUGCUACGGAGAGAUCCUGCUGAUAGAGUGAGCUUACAACAGCUCAUGCAGCACCAAUGGCUGCAGCCUGCCUAUGAACCACAACAAAGCACUCUUAGGACAUAUAGAUUACUAGAGGGAUGCUAG